AUUGUAAACAAGUUAGUCAGGAGAGUGGAGAGUCUACACAGUUGUGUGCAAGCUGAAGUUAUAAACAUAGGCCUAAGACUAGGCUAGAGAUAGAUUUAGAGAUUUAGAUUACUGUUAGCUUUCAAAUUUAUCAAAUAGUAAUGUAGAUCUAUUUGUGCAUUCUUCAGGUGAAAACUGUGCUUGUAACUGAACAUUCAGAAUUGCCAAAAAUGUCUGUCAACCAUGAUGCCGGUGGCUCUGGUGCCCCCAUGAGAAAAGCUCGGAGAUCUUGGUUUGACAAUCCACCCACCCCUGAGCUCGCUCUCCCUCACAAUGGCAUGGAAACCAAACCUCCUCGGACGAAACGCCGCAGUUUGGACAGUGUUGAGACUCUUACUCUCACACACUUCACCAGUCCACCGAAGAUCUCGUUUGGCAAGAUCCUGGUUGGGAAGAGCAAACUGAGAACACUUCUGAUCCGCAACCCUCACGACUAUGAUCAGGAAGUAGUUGUGGAGCGGUUCCCCUUCAAGAAGAACUUCAAGAUUGAACAUUCAAGGUUUGUAGUGGGAGCUGAGGAUGUGUUUGAGCUGGAGAUUACCUGGAGUCCAGAGGAGGAUGGAGGUUGUCGUGAGAUGAUCCAGUUUUCGGUCAAUGGUAUUUUCAGGCUCCAAGCUUUUGUGCUGGGAACUGUGGAGAAGCCGAAAGCUCCUCGGAAAGUGAGGCGCUAUCCCAUGGGUCCAAGAGUGAAGCAGCCUGGCACUGUGGUGCAGACAUCUGCCCUGACUCAUAUCAAGUCAAGCUACAGUCCACGGAGAAGCCAGGAGGCUCGAGAUCUCAUGGCCGAGCUUGGUAGCAGGGGACAGCGGGGAGAGAAUAAGGAGAACAGUGAGAUCCUCAAGUCACAAGAGUCCAAAUAUUUGACUGUUGCCAAGGAGAACUGCAAUAACCCUGAGCCAGCUGGUCCUACUGUCUUUGCUGAAACCCGAGCGGAUCCUUGUGCUGCAGAAGUUUUUGCUCCUCGGCCUUCACAUGAAGGGGAGGAAGCAUCAAAAUCCCCUUCCCCGUUGGAAUCGACGGCAAUUUUUGCCAAACCAGAUGAAGCAUCCAAGCACAGACGGCAAUGGAGGAAGAUCUCAGAUAUCACAUCACCUGUCCUUAACACUAUGAGCCCCAUCCCACUCAAUGAGGGAAAUGAAAAUGGCAUCACGGUGGAUUCCUAUUUUCAGGCCAAUGAAGCAAGUGCUGAGAAAGCCAGGGAGAAGCAUAAGGGGCAGGCUGAAGCUGGAGAAAAGAAAGAUAAUGCUGCACUGAACGCAGCGGCUGUCAGUAGAAAUGAAUAUCUGAAGGAAACGUUUGUGGUACCCCUCCUGCCAGCUGGCAAAGUUGCAGACACAACCAGCAGUAUCAGGAAUGAUCAGUCUCGAAGAGAGGAUGGCAAAACAUUCUGCACGGAGGACAUAACACAUAAGUCAACUUCUCAGCAAAGUAAAACAAGAGUUCUGACGCCUAAGAAAGGCAAGGAUGUUGCUCAUCUUAUGAGAUCCAAUUCUGUGGACCUGCCUUUGUCUGAUGCUAAAAAAGUCAACCCGGCUAGUGGUGGGACCAAGUCUAGAACGUCAGCAGAUCCUAAAGAACUGGAAAUGAUGAAGAGAAUUGCGUGGAACUCUCCAAAUACCUCUGAGAAUCAGAACAGUACCAAAACAAGCCCUGCCUCGCCGAAUACUAUGCUGAAUGAGUCAUUGUCAUUGAUUUCUCAGAUGAAGGUAGGAUGUGUGAGAUCCUCAGGUGGAGUCAUCUCCCCUCCAGAGGGUAACAGCAUGAAUUCCAGCAUCAUCUCCCAGGGUAUGGGUAUGGUGAGCCCAAACUCCUUCAUGGAGGACAUGAAAGCCAUGGCUCACGAUCAAAGCGGGUCGGGGACUCGUAACGAACCUCCCAGCCCCUCCGCGACUCUCAAUAAUUCCAUUCCUCAUAGGGCAGUGGUCAGCCAUUUGCAGAAUGUUCGGGUGUCUCUCACAUAUUCUCCGAAGACUGCCCCCUCAGGAAGUAGUUCUGGAACUCCGAAGAAGCGUCCCUCUGAGAAGUUUGGCACGAAACGUCGCUCCAUCUCCUCACAGUUCAGGAAAGAGGAGGUGCAGAUGACUACUGGAGUUGUGAAGAAAAACCAGAGACGGCUUUCUGGCCAGAAAGAAGAGUGGAAGAGAAAGGGGCCUUGUGCACAACGUGGAUCUGCCAGCACAGCACAGGAGGUCAAGCGGAACAAGUCUGUUGGAAAGGUCGGAUGCCAGCAGGUGAAGGUCAAAACACAGAGCACUACAAGUGCAAGAGAAUCAUCAGCCAAGAGGCAGGAAUCUGAUAUCAAGAAGAAGAAUCUGAAAAAGAAAUCUCCUACUGUAGCUAAACGGGAGGUUGCAGAAAAGCUGACCACCAAUAAAGUUGUGAAACUGCAAGGCUCUCCAUUUGAAAGUAAUGUUACCGAGAGAAAAAAGAAAAAGGGUACUCCGAGCUCGAAACCCGAAGUCCAGGAAGAUAAGUUGGUUUGUCCAUCAGUUGAGAAACACAAUGGUGAGACAGAUGAACAGGUGACUCCAGUGAAGGAAGGUAGCGCUGUGGAUUCUGGUACCAUCGUCAAAGGCAGAUCAUUUGAUGUCUCACAUGAAAGAAGUGGAAGCUUUUUUGAAAACCUUCUCCCUGAUGAUGAUGGAGUUGAUAAAAAUGAAAGCAAUGGUGGAAAGAACAGUUCUCUGUCAAGAAGGGGCAAUCUCUUCCCUGACUUGAAUUUGGCUGAUACAGUCACUGUCUCUCAAAAUGAGAUAUCAUUAGCUGAAGAUUUCUGUCGUGAAAUAGCCUGCAGCACUGAGGCAACUCUAGAUGCUGGUUCUCUGAAGACCUCGGAGCAAGGGACGAUGCGAGCAGAUGUUGCUGGGACCAUAACGAUGGCAGCAGAACAGAGUUCUUCCUAUGUCAUCACGCCUCGUAAGUCUCAACUGGACAGGGUUGUCAAUGCUGCUGAGCGGUCGUUGUCUCCACAAAGAUUUUGUCCAGUUUCACCAAGUGCGUUGCCGACAAGUCCAGGCAUGGCAUCGGAAUUUUCUCGCCGUGGGACAAUGACAGUUACAAAAUCACGGCCCUCGGAUGCCUUACUAGCGGCUUUGAACAACAGGAAAAGACAAAUGCUUUUGUCAUCAAGGCAAGACAGCCCAGGUACUCUCCCAGGAGAUGACACAGAGACUACUGAGAACAUUCGUAUUCAUGUGGAGGAACACUAUGAGGAGAUUGACGGACAGAUGUAUGUGGUGGUGAAGGAGACCACGGACGUGGUCAAGUCAAUGACAGAGACAUACAUUGAGGCAGUCCCUGCGAGCCCUCAGCAGUUCAACACUCCACCACAGCUUCCCACUAGCCCCAACCCAGACUUAUCACGCAGGUCAACCCACAUCAUACGAAGCCCAAAAGUCAUUGAUGUUGCAGCCAUGAACAAAAGAAAACUGAAAUUUUGCACGUCUGUUGAGACUUCUGCCACUUCUGAUGGAAUGGCGGGAGUCUGUCCGGAGAUGGGGAAGACACUGAGUGUGCCAGUCAUUCCUCAACCUGGGGGUAUUAUGCCUGAAAGAAUGGAAACUCCAACAGUAUCCAGUUCUACCCUUGUAACUGAGGCGUCUGGAAAUGAGCAGAAUACAGUGGAAAUGCUGUCUGACGAGCUAGGAAAAUCAAAUGACCUUCAGAAGACAGAGGAGGUACAACAGCAUCAAUUUGAGAUGGUGAAAACUUCAAUGACUGAGGCAUCAGCUCCUCCAAUCACAUCAGUUUGUCUGAUGUCCAACAAGAUUGUGGAUUAUGAGGAUAUCUCGGAAGAAGACAGCGUGGGAAACGUGACGAAGGACUCGCUUGAUUCUAGUAGAAUUUCUACAUUUUCUUCUGACUCUCUCCAGGUGCAGCGAAAAGAGUAUGUUGCAUCGUCCCUGCAUCAAGAAAUAACCGUUGUGCCUUUGAGUGAGUCUCCACUUGAAUCACAAGCUGUGAGACAAUUUGCCUGUCCUGAAAAGAUUUCGGAUGAAACUAAUAGUGUCCAAACUUCCUCUUCUGCUGUAGCCCAGAAAGAAACUUCUGAGACACAGGAUCCUUGUGUAGAUCAUAGGGAGAUGUUUAUCACAGAGAGAAGAGUUUGCUUUGUGCCAACCGUACUAGCUCAACGACGACCCAAGAAAGUCACAGAGAAGAAAAUGUUGAGGCGCUCCAUAUCAGCUGAUGGACUGAUGCCAAGAAAUACUGCAUUUGAUAUCCCUGUUGCUGAUGAAGAAAGAGAAGAAACUCACUCUGACCCAGUACAUGCAACUGUUCCCCCCGACUCCUUGGACAAUGCCAAGUCUGACACUGCUUGCAGCAAUCCGAAAAGGGCCUUGUUUGUCAAACCCACCACACGGGCUAAGAAACCUCUGUUGUCAAGGUCGUCUCAGGGUCAGCUGCCCACUUCUAAAAUGCCUGGUGGUCAAGCCAGCACUCUCAAGGUCAGAAGCCGUAGCCUGAGCAGCUUGACUGGACCAUCGGAUGAGAAAGUUCAGAAAGCUGCUGUAGCCGACUCGAGCAUCAAUCGCAAGCCAGUCAGACCAUCUAAGACUGUCAAGCCUGCACCAAGUGGCUCAGUCAAGAAGAAAGGUCCCAAAGGAGUUGCUCAGUCGAGACUUAUCCUGCUGAAAAAAGCCAAAUCUGGCACCCCAAGACAUCCGAUGCCGUUUGCUGCUCGCAACAUGUACUACGAUGAGCGAUGGAUGGAAAAACAGGAGCGAGGUUUUGUGCAGUGGCUCAACUUUGUCCUGACACCCCCUGACGAGUACCUGGCUGUCACAAGCAAACCAAAAGUGGACGCUCGUGCUCUCUCUCUGGACACUCGCAAUGUGGCUCCAAGGCUGGCUCCCACUAAAGAGAUCCUGUCCUUCCGAGCAUACGCAGCUCGCAGGCGUCUGAACCGGCUGCGGAGAGCUGCAUGCGAGUUGUACCAGUCGCAGAAGGUCGUCGAGAUCAUUCGCCGAGUGGAGGUAGAGGUAGAGAGUCGCAGGAUUACAGUGCGCAAGGAGAAGAUGGUGCAUGCUGACCUCGGAAUCAAGCAAAAGAUGCUGGAUCUUCUACUUCAGUACAGCUCCUUGUGGCUUCGUGUGGGACUCGAGACAGUGUUUGGAGAAAUUCUAAUGCUCCAGUCCAAUCAAGAUGUCGUGGGUCUGUCCAGAUUUAUUGUUACCCGUCUGUUGAGCUGCCCAGACAUAGCUGCAGAGUAUUCGCAUCCAACAGUUCCACAUCUGUAUAGAGAUGGCUUUGCAGCAGCGGUGUCCAGACACAUGGUGAAAAAGUUUCUCCUGAUGGUGUACUUCAUGGACACAGCAAAGACUGACAGACUCAUCGAUCACGACCCGUGUCUAUUCUGCAAGGAUGCUGAGAUCAAGUCUAGCAAAGAGAUUCUGGUCCAGUUCUCUCGAGAGGUGCUCAGUGGGGAAGGGGACAUAACCCGACACCUGGCCUACAUGGGGUACACGGUCAGCCAAGUCCAGCAGCCCAUCGAUGAGUUUGACUACGCAGUGGCUUGUCUCAGCAAGGACCUCAAGGAUGGACUGCGCCUUGGCCGAGUCCUGGAGCUGUUGGCCGGGGACAGCAGCGUGAUGGGUAAGCUCCGAGCCCCUGCCAUUAGUCGCUUGCAGAAGGUACACAACAUGGAGGCUUUCUUUAAGGCUAUGGCUAAACGUGGACUGGAAUUCAACACUCUGGAAGGUGUCGCUGUCACUGCCAGAGACGUCGUGGACGGUCAUAGAGAGAAGACUCUAGCCCUUUUGUGGCAUCUGAUCAUUCACUUCCAGAAUUCUGUGCAGGUGAAUGAAGAACAUUUGCGAGAGGAGAUCAGUCUGCUGGAGAAGUCGCUGCGACUGACGGUGGCUCUGCAGAGUGUCGGAGCCAUCCUGGCCCGCGGCUGUGAAGCCCGCAGAGACUCUGGCGACUCCAAUCUUCCCCAAGACAAUGAGAUGAUGAGAUUGGUGUUCCAGUGGUGCCGCCUGGUCGCCUUGCACUAUGGGGUUAAGGUGGAAAAUUUCACUGUGUCAUUCUCGGAUGGGCGAGCCCUUUGCUGUCUGCUCCACCAUUAUCACCCAGCUCUCCUGCCGCUAGAAGAGAUCAACUUCCGAACUACUGUCAGUUUCCAGGAAGAGGCGGAGCAGCGAUGUGAGGCUGGGGCAGACCCGGACACGAGCGCUGACUGGGGGACUGGAGGGGGGCUGCUGCAAGGGGAGGAUGACCCUGAAAUGUUUGAUCAAUUGCUGGCAAAUGAGAAGGCCAAUUUCAAAACACUAUAUGAAAAGGUGUCAGCCCUCGGAGGUGUCCCCCUCAUGCUGAAGUCUGGAGACAUGUCCAACACCAUCCCAGACGAGAAGGUUGUGUCGACGUACGUGUCGUAUCUCUGCGCCCGACUGCUGGACAUCCGGCAAGAAGUUCGUGCAGCGAGAGUGCUGCAGAUGGCUUGGAGGAGAAAAAGGCUGAGGCGAGCUCUACGGGAGAGGAAGAUAAGAAUUGAAGCAGCUGUGAAAAUACAGCAAUGGAUUCGUCCACUCUUAGCCCAGAGGUUUGCCCAUCAACGUGCACUUGCUGCUGUUCGCUUGCAGUGUGCAUGGAGACGUUUCCGUGCCUGUAAGAUGUUGGCUCAUCUCCGACAAGAGAAACUGGCAAAAGCUGAGCUGGAGAGGAAAGCAUCGGCUGCUACUACAAUUCAGCGCACAUGGCGUGCGUCUAUGAUUCGCAGGAGAGAAGCUAAAGUCAAGGAGAUGGAGAAGAAGAGAGUUAUAUAUGAGAUGCAGCAGAAAGCAGCCACAACUGUUCAGAGGCAUGUGCGAGGUCUGCAGUGCAGGAGAGAGUUUGUGAGAUCAAAACAAGCAGCGGUCUGUGUACAGUCUGCUUGGCGGCGCCAUCAGGCAAAGAAGAGUUUGGAAAUGUUGAAGAAGGAACGGGUGAACAAGUCAGCAGUCGUGAUUCAGAAGUUUAUGCGAGGGAGGCUCUGCCGUAAAGGAUUCCUUACCUCAAAGCAAGCCGCCGUGACUAUUCAGAAACAGUGGAGAAUGAAACUAGCACAGAAGUUUUUGGUUUGUCUUCGAACACAGAAAAAGACGAUGGCUGCGACUGUCAUCCAGAAGCAUGUCAGAGGAAGGCUGUGCAGGAGAGAGAUAGAGGGACUGCGUGGGUCAGCUCUCAUCCUUCAGAAACUGUGGAGAGCAAAGAAAGCCAGGGAGGUAGUAGAGAGUCUACGCGCUGAGCGACAAAAGGAAGCUGCGGUGCUUGUCCAAAGCGUGGUAAGGUGUGCCUCUGACAGAAGAAAGUUUUUGAGGCUGAAGAGGGCUGCUGUGUGUGUGCAGACACAAUGGAGAUGUGUGUUAGCACAGAGAGAAUUUAUGAGGCUCAGACUAGAGAGGCAAACUCAUGCAGCUGUUGUCAUUCAGAAGAAUUUCCACAGGUUCAAAGCUAAGAAAGAAUUAUAUGCCUUGAGGUGUGCUGCUGUAGUCAUCCAGAAACUUUGGAGGGCACGGCAGGCAAGACUAGAACUGAGAAAGUUACGUGGUCAGCAAAAGGACAGAGCUGCUUUGAUACUUCAGAAACAUGCGAGAGGGUUUCUGUGUAGGAAAAAUCUUCAAAGGUCACAGAUGGCAGCCCAAAAGAUUCAGGGCUUGUGGCGAGUCUGUCUGGCACGGCGAGAGUUGUUGAGGCUUCGAGAUCAGAGGCGGAAGAGUGCCACCAUUAUUAUACAGAAAAUGUUUAGAGGCUUACAACAAAGACAAGCUUUUGCCAAGAUCAAGGGGUCAGUCAUCACGCUUCAGAGUGCCUGGAGAGUGGUCAGGGCUCGCAGGCUGUUCCGGAAAUUGAGAGAAGAGAAAGAAAACAAAUCUGCACUUUGUAUACAAAGCAACUGGAGAAUGUUUCAAGCCAGGCACUCCUUCAUAAGGCAGAGACAGGCAGCGGUUCUAAUGCAGUGUUACUGGAGAGGUUUUCUGACGAGACGUCAGCUGGAGAAGUCACAGGAAGCAGCCAUGGUCAUUCAGUGCUGGUAUCGAGCCUGUGUAGCAGCUCGGCACCAGAGACUUGAGUUCAUAGAGAAAAAACAUUUGGCUGAGCUUGUACAGAAGAUGUGGAGAGGUUAUCUGGCCCGCAGGAACUAUCAGAGAGAAAGACAAGCUGCAAUUGUCAUACAAGCACAUUUCCGCUGUUUCAGAAGGAGGCUCAAGUUUCUGGCUCUCCGCCUGGCCUCCGUGAUCAUCCAGAGAGGUUACAGAAAUUACCGGUUAGGGAAGCAGACUCGACAGGAGUACAUCGCCAUAACUCAAGCCGCAUGCACGCUACAACGAUGGUACAGGAAGUGCUUAGAAUUGCGACAUGCUCAACAAAUUUCUUCUGCCAUAAAGAUACAGGCUGCCUUUCGAGCCUACAAGACUCGUCAAAUGGUUACAACUAAAAGAAAUGCUGCAUUGGUUAUCCAGAUGAAAUUCAGAGCACACCUGCAGAUGAGAGAAGAAAGGAGAAAAUUUUUAGAGCAAAAACAAGCAGCUGUAACUAUCCAAAGCUGCUUCAGAGGUUAUAGGGAACAAGUCAUGUAUAAAAAUAUCCUCACAUCUGCCAUAAGAAUUCAAGCUCUUGAGAGGAAAAGGCAAGAUAGGAAGAGGUUCUUGGCUUUGAAGCAGGCGGCAGUGAUUUUGCAGAGAAGGUACAGAGCAAAAAUGCUGGGCCUUGUGUUCCGAGAAGCUUUCCUGUCUAUCAGAUCUUCAGUCAUCAUCAUACAGAGAUUCUAUCGAGCUGUAAAGGUUGGGGAACAGCUAAAGGAGUUGCUAGAUACACAGCGGGCCGCUGCAAUCAAAAUACAGUCAACAUACCGGGGCUGGAGUCUUCGCCAGGACUAUCUGAUGUUGCGUGCCGCAUGUGUCUGUUGUCAGCGCCGGUAUCGAGCUGUCCAACUUGGCAGGUCCGUGAGACAGGAAAUGAAGCAUCGAUGUGUGGCAACCAGAGUGAUACAGAGAGAGUGGAGGCGAUAUCUUUGUGUCAGAGAGGCCAAAAGAGAGCUGGAGGAGAGGAGAGAGGAAGUGAGGAGAGAAUCGCAGAGACAGCAGGAGGCUGAGAGAUUAGCAGAAGAACAGAGGUUGAUGCAAGAAAAAGCAGAAGACGAAAGGAAAGUUUUUGAAAUGCAGAGAUGUCAAGCAGCAAGAGUUAUACAAAAACAGUUUGUUUUGUACCGUCAAAAAUUGUGCAGUGAGAGGAGAGAAAAAGCUGCUGUUAUGGUACAAAAGUGUUUCAGAGCGUAUUUAGUCAGGUGUAAAUAUCAAGAGACAAGAAACAAACUCUUGUUCUUGCAAAGGCUGAUCAGAGGGUUUGCUGUCAGACGAGACUUUGAGAGACAACGAUUGGUAGCAGUUCUUAUACAGAGAUGGUGGAGAGCUACUUUGUUGGCCAAACACUGUAGGCAAGAGUUUGAGUCCAGUAGAGAUGCUGCUGUCAGAAUACAGACCAUGUACAGAAUGAUCAGGCAGAGACGAGAGUAUGCCUUGAGUCUUCAAAGAGUCACUAAAAUACAAGCCUGUGUCAGAAUGCAUGUUGAGCACAAAAGAUUUAUCCAUGUGAAAUGUGCGACUAUUGCCAUACAGAGGAGUUUGAGGAGCUAUCUGGCAAUGAGGAGAGACCGGCAGCAGUUCUUGGCUGCUAAGCACAGUGCUAUUAAGAUCCAGUGCGAGAUUCGCAAGUGGUUAGCAUGUCGCAGACACAAGCAAGAGGCAUCAGUCGUGGCCUUGCAGAGCCAUUGGAGAAUGUGUCAGCAAAGAAAAGAGUUCCAGGAUGCUCGUGAGGCAGCCAUGACUCUCCGGGCAUUAUGGGAAAGUAGUCAGGACAACAAGCAACAGCAGGAGCAUGCAGCCCGCAGCAUACAGCUGCUGUUCCGCAACUAUAUGAAUAAGAAGCUUUGCCUCGAGCACACAGCGGCAUGCAUCAUACAGAGGGCAUUUAGAACAUUCCAUCAAGGCAGACUCCAGGUCAAAGCAGACGCUGCUUCCAUAAUCCAAAAAGCUUUCAGAAAACAUCUUGCCCACAAACGUCAGGUCCAGCAUAAAUCUGCUGAGGCCAUCCAGUUAGCUUUCAGACAGCACCUCAUUCAACGACAGGCGAUCAAGAAUGAGUCGGCUGUUGUGAUCCAGAGUCAAGUGAGGCGGUACCUAGCAUGCCGUAGAUUCCAGGCUAUCCUGGGGUCAGUGGUCACCCUCCAGGCUUCAGUAAGGGGCUGGUUGGCCAGGCAGAGAGCCGAAGAGUUACGGAAAGAGCAAAGAGCUCUCGUCUUCCUGCAGGCUCAAGUACGCGGCUACCUCGUCAGGAAAAAAGUGUUGCCUGUGCUGCAAGCCAGACUCGAUGCCAUCCAGGAGGAGAGAAAACAGCGGAAAGCAUCUACCAAAAUUCAGGCGUUGUGGCGUGGCUACAAAGUACGGCGGAACAGCCGUAGCCGCAGACUCAUCCAGGCACGGAAGAGAAUCUCAGAGUUGAGUCAAGAAGCCACUGAAGAGAAGACGCUGGGGUCGCGUAUGUCGUCUGCCUUGGACUACCUGCUGCGUGACAAAGACGUGGCUUACAUCCUUGAAGCCAUGAUGCACCUAGAGGUGUCCACCCGCCUGUCCCCCGUGUGCUGUGAGCGCAUGAUAGAAGUGGACGCCGUGCCGGCCCUCUACCGACUGGCCGCAAGUUGUAACCGCAGCAUCCCGCACAUGGAGAUCAUCAAACACACCGUGGAUACGCUGCUCAAUCUGGCCAAGUAUGACAAAACUGUUGCCGUGGUGAUGGAACCAGAGGAGAGUAUCUCAACAAUCAUGGAGCUGAUGCUGAUCUAUCGAGAGAAGGGUCCCAUCUUCUACAAGUGCUGCAUGCUUCUUGGCAUUCUGGGACUGGACCCUCGAAGACGACAGGUAAUCCUAAAUCAGGCUCACCUCAUCGAGCGUCUACAGAGCAUUCACUCACUGACGUUGCGAAAACUGAAGGUGAGCCGUACUCACAAGGCAACCCAAGCCAAGAUGGCCGCCAUGAAGUCUUUCAACUGCACCAUGCCAGUAGCCACGCCCACCAAGCGGCGACGAAUCCGUCCCCAGUGGGUCCUGGCUAAGGACACGAUGCACGAAUUUGAUGACCCCCUGACCUCGAUCAGCUUUGUGAUGGACGUUCUGCAUAUCGGCCCCAAGCUGUGAAUAUGGGAGGUCUAUAAUGGACAUUGAUGGAUAUUGUGUUAUAAUAUCCCGGGCCAUGAAAAAAGGGGUUCAUAACUUGAUGUGAAUACACGCAAGAUACUUUGGGUGCCUGGUUGGCAGGUGCUAUUGGUGUGGUUCGCUCCUUCUUUCCUAUCCAACAUCUAUCAUCUUUAUCUCU